CUGGGGUCUUGGCAGGGCUCAGCCUUCUGAAGAGGAGAGAGGGACAGUGCGGGGAGGGACUGGGAGGGAAGGAGCUGAGGGAGCCGGAGAUGGAGUUGGGCUCUUUGGGGCCAAGCUGGUGUGUGCUAGGCAGCUGCCUGCCCCUGCCCCCUUCAGCCCGGGCACCUGCCCACAGCACUCGCAGUGUCCGGCCACCAGCUGCAGCCGGAGGAGCCAGACUUGGAGACAGAAGAGGAUGCCUCUGUGACUGAGGGGCCUGCAGGGGAGGUCAUCCGGCCCCGGCCACAGGGCUCUUCACCCAUCUAUGAAUGCUCGACAGAGGGGGCCGGCCCUGGAGUCCAGGACGACAUUGCCAGCAGGCAAGGGUCCCUGGGGAGACGGAGAUCCUGGUGGAAGCGAGACUCAGGAGACUCGAGGACCUUCUCCAGCAUGAGUCGCCCAGAGCCUGUGCAGGAGGCAACCGAGGUGACACUCAAGACGGAGGUGGAGGCGGGAGCCAGUGGUUACAGCGUCACAGGUGGCGGUGACCAGGGGAUCUUUGUCAAGCAAGUACUGAAAGACUCCUCUGCAGCCAAGCUCUUCAGCCUGAGAGAAGGCGACCAGCUGCUCAGUGCCACCAUAUUCUUUGAUGACAUUAAAUACGAGGAUGCACUCAAGAUCCUGCAGUACUCAGAGCCAUACAAGGUGCAGUUCCAGAUCAAACGGAAGCUGCCUGCCUCCGAGGAUAAGGGCGGGGCUCUCCGAAGCUCCCAGCACGAGUCUGUGGCCUCGGGGAAGCAGGAAAAAGAUGUUGCAGACGGGUGUGCAGAGACACCCAAGAAGACCCUGGAGGAGGACGGAGACCAGGAGAGACUCAUCGCCAAGCCCAGGGAGACCCGAGGCAGAAAGGCUCGGGAAAGACUCUCAUGGCCCAAGUUCCAGGGCAUGAAGGGCAAGCAGGGACCAGGACCCCGGCGCUCACACAGCUCCUCGGAGGCCCAGGAGCGUGGCAGUGCUCGGGAGCUGUCCCCCACCAGUACAGACACAGAGGUCCAGUGCUCAGGAGAUCAUGGGGAGCAGAGUGCAGGACGAGACGGACAGAAGAGGAGGAGGAGAUUCCCAAGCCUGAGGUUCAGGAAGGGCUCCAGGCAGGACCCACCCAUCAUGGGGCGCCAGGACAGAGAGGUGCUUGGGGAACCGGACAGCACCAGGAAGCUGGAGGACACAUGGGCGGGUGGCACAGAGGCACAAAAGGCCAGACAGGUGUUGACCACGGUGCAGGAUGCAGAGCCUAGCUCCCUUGGACACUGGGAAGGGGCCACAGUGAGGCAACAAAGGAAGACAAAGCAGGUUAAGCCCACAGCGGGGGAGACCGCAGGUGAAGAAGCCAGAGCUGGGCCUGCCCUGGAUGAUGAAAGGGAAGAACCGCAGGGCCUGACAAAAAAGAUCACGGCAGUGUCACUCAGGGGCACAGAAAGCACACUGAGACGAACAGAAGAAAUCCAUGUCAGAAUACGCGACUUAAAGACACCUACAUUUACAUUUCCCAGGGAGAAGGUGCCAGGGACAGAAGACAAGACCUGGCGAAGGGCGGAGGAGAGGAGGGAAACUGCAUGGGUAGGCAGGGCAGGAACCCAGGCUGAAGGACAAGCAGAAGCUGACCAACAGGACAAGGAACCGGGAACCUCAGGAGGGAUGGGAAGGAGCCAAGAAAGAGAACUUGGGGAGACAGAACUGAGGGGAACACAGCCUGGCCAAGGGGAAGACAGGGACAAGGAGAGGGGAGAACUAAAGACCAAACUGCCCAGGUUCAAAAUGCUGGCAUUCGGGUGGUCACCAGCAAAGGAGGCAACUAGACACAUGAGAAAUGAUAUCAGAGAAAAAGAAGAAAUCUCAGGGACACUGGAAACAACUGAGGUGGGGGGCAGGGGACACAAAUCAGAAGGGAAGGACCCCAAGGGAGAGCUGGGCGGCCUGCAGCUAGAGGAGGCUCUGCCCAGCAUGAAUGUGGACGUCCAGGGCGCAGGAAGCAAGCUGGAGGGGGAGGUGGCCACCAAGGACGGCAAGUUCAAGAUGCCCAAGUUCAAGAUGCCCUCCUUUGGCAUGUCGGGACCCGGCAAGUCAAUCGAGGCCUCGCUGGAAGUGUCCACACCGAAGGUGGACGCCGAGGUGGCCCUGUCCACCAUUCAAGCUGACCUGAAGAGCCCUGAGGCCGGCACACAGCAGCCCUCCACCGACAUGGAAAUGUCAGCCGGCCAGGUGGCUGUGAAGGUGCCAGAGGUGGAGCUGCCCGCCGCGAGCACGGGUGCCAGCCUGAAAAGCCACCUGCCCAAGGUGCAGAUGCCCAGCCUCAAGAUGCCUAGCGUGGAACUCAAGGGCCCCCAUGUGGACGUUAAAGGCCCCAAGGUGGACGUGAAGGUCCCUAAGACGGAGGUGAAGGGGCCCACGGGUGAGCCGAGCGGCCCCGAGCUGGAGGCGGCACUGCCCAGCAUGGAGGUGGACGUCCAGGCCCCAAGUGGCCAUCUUGAAGUUGAGGUGGCCGCCAAGGACAGCAAGUUCAAGAUGCCCAAGUUCAAGAUGCCCUCCUUUGGCAUGUCGGGACCCGGCAAGUCAAUCGAGGCCUCGCUGGAAGUGUCCACACCGAAGGUGGAGGCCGAGGUGGCCCUGCCCACCAUUCAAGCUGACCUGAAGAGCCCUGAGGCCGGCACACAGCAGCCCUCCACCGACGUGGAAAUGCCAGCCGGCCAGGUGGCUGUGAAGGUGCCAGAGGUGGAGGUGCCCGCCGCAAGCACGGGUGCCAGCCUGAAAGGCCACCUGCCCAAGGUGCAGAUGCCCAGCAUCAAGAUGCCCAAAGUGGAACUCAAGGGCCCCCAGGUUGAUGUGAAGGGCCCCAAGGCGGAAGCGAAGGGCCCCAAGGGUGAGCUGAGCGGCCCCGAGCUGGAGGUGGCGCUGCCUAUUGUGGACGUGGACGUCCAGGCCCCUGGCCACAAGCUGGAGGGUGAGGUGUCCACGAAGGACAGCAAGUUGAAAAUGCCCAAGUUCAAGAUGCCCUCCUUUGGUGUGUCGGCAUCCGGCAAGGCCAUCGAGGCCUCGUUGGAGGCAUCAACACGGAAGCUGGAGGCUGAGGUGGCCCUGCCCGCCAUUCAAGGUGACCUGAAGAGCCCUGAGCCCGGCGCUCAGCAGCCCCCCAGCGGUGUGGAUUUCCCGGCCGUGCAGGCAGCCGCGAAGCUGCCCGAGGGUGAGCUGCCCUCUGCGAGCACGGGUGCCAGCCUGAAAGGCCACCUUCCCAAGGUGCAGAUGCCCAGCCUCAAGAUGCCCAAAGUGGAACUCAAGGGCCCCCAGGUUGAGGUGAAGGACCCCAAGGCGGAAGUGAAGGUCCCCAAGGGCGAGCUGAGCGGUCCUGAGCUGGAGGCAGCCGUGCCCAGCGGGGAGGUGGACAUCCAGGCCACCGGCGGCAAGCUGGAGGGGGAGGUGGCCACCAAGGACGGCAAGUUCAAGAUGCCCAAGUUCAAGAUGCCCUCCUUUGGGGUUUCGGCACCCGGCAAGUCCAUCGAGGCCUCGCUGGAGGUGUCCGCGUCCAAGCUAGAGGCUGAGGUGGCCCUCCCGGCCAUCCAAGGUGACCUGAAGAGGCCUGAGGCACACGCUCAGCUGCCCACCACUGACGUGGAACUGCCGGCCGGUCAGCUGGCUGUGAAGGUGCCCGAGGGCGAUCUGGCCGAGGAGGAGAUGCCCGCAGCACUCGGGGGUGCCAGCCUGAAAGGCCACCUGCCCAAGGUGCAGAUGCCCAGCCUCAAGAUGCCUAGCGUGGAACUCAAGGGCCCCCAUGUGGACGUUAAAGGCCCCAAGGUGGACGUGAAGGUCCCUAAGACGGAGGUGAAGGGGCCCAUGGGUGAGCCGAGCGGCCCCGAGCUGGAGGCGGCACUGCCCAGCAUGGAGGUGGACGUCCAGGCCCCAAGUGGCCAUCUUGAAGUUGAGGUGGCCGCCAAGGACAGCAAGUUCAAGAUGCCCAAGUUCAAGAUGCCCUCCUUUGGCAUGUCGGGACCCGGCAAGUCAAUCGAGGCCUCGCUGGAAGUGUCCACACCGAAGGUGGAGGCCGAGGUGGCCCUGCCCACCAUUCAAGGUGACCUGAAGAGCCCUGAGGCCGGCACACAGCAGCCCUCCACCGACGCGGAAAUGCCAGCCGGCCAGGUGGCUGUGAAGGUGCCAGAGGUGGAGGUGCCCGCCGCGAGCACGGGUGCCAGCCUGAAAGGCCACCUGCCCAAGGUGCAGAUGCCCAGCAUCAAGAUGCCCAAAGUGGAACUCAAGGGCCCCCAGGUUGAUGUGAAGGGCCCCAAGGCGGAAGCGAAGGGCCCCAAGGGUGAGCUGAGCGGCCCCGAGCUGGAGGUGGCGCUGCCUAUUGUGGACGUGGACGUCCAGGCCCCUGGCCACAAGCUGGAGGGUGAGGUGUCCACGAAGGACAGCAAGUUGAAAAUGCCCAAGUUCAAGAUGCCCUCCUUUGGUGUGUCGGCAUCCGGCAAGGCCAUCGAGGCCUCGUUGGAGGCAUCAACACGGAAGCUGGAGGCCGAGGUGGCCCUGCCCGCCAUUCAAGGUGACCUGAAGAGCCCUGAGCCCGGCGCUCAGCAGCCCCCCAGCGGUGUGGAUUUCCCGGCCGUGCAGGCAGCCGCGAAGCUGCCCGAGGGUGAGCUGCCCUCUGUGAGCACGGGUGCCAGCCUGAAAGGCCACCUUCCCAAGGUGCAGAUGCCCAGCCUCAAGAUGCCCAAAGUGGAACUCAAGGGCCCCCAGGUUGAGGUGAAGGACCCCAAGGCGGAAGUGAAGGUCCCCAAGGGCGAGCUGAGCGGUCCUGAGCUGGAGGCAGCCGUGCCCAGCGGGGAGGUGGACAUCCAGGCCACCGGCGGCAAGCUGGAGGGGGAGGUGGCCACCAAGGACGGCAAGUUCAAGAUGCCCAAGUUCAAGAUGCCCUCCUUUGGGGUUUCGGCACCCGGCAAGUCCAUCGAGGCCUCGCUGGAGGUGUCCGCGUCCAAGCUAGAGGCUGAGGUGGCCCUCCCGGCCAUCCAAGGUGACCUGAAGAGGCCUGAGGCACACGCUCAGCUGCCCACCACUGACGUGGAACUGCCGGCCGGUCAGCUGGCUGUGAAGGUGCCCGAGGGCGAUCUGGCCGAGGAGGAGAUGCCCGCAGCACUCGGGGGUGCCAGCCUGAAAGGCCACCUGCCCAAGGUGCAGAUGCCCAGCCUCAAGAUGCCUAGCGUGGAACUCAAGGGCCCCCAUGUGGACGUUAAAGGCCCCAAGGUGGACGUGAAGGUCCCUAAGACGGAGGUGAAGGGGCCCACGGGUGAGCCGAGCGGCCCCGAGCUGGAGGCGGCACUGCCCAGCAUGGAGGUGGACGUCCAGGCCCCAAGUGGCCAUCUUGAAGUUGAGGUGGCCGCCAAGGACAGCAAGUUCAAGAUGCCCAAGUUCAAGAUGCCCUCCUUUGGCAUGUCGGGACCCGGCAAGUCAAUCGAGGCCUCGCUGGAAGUGUCCACACCGAAGGUGGAGGCCGAGGUGGCCCUGCCCACCAUUCAAGGUGACCUGAAGAGCCCUGAGGCCGGCACACAGCAGCCCUCCACCGACGUGGAAAUGCCAGCCGGCCAGGUGGCUGUGAAGGUGCCAGAGGUGGAGGUGCCCGCCGCGAGCACGGGUGCCAGCCUGAAAGGCCACCUGCCCAAGGUGCAGAUGCCCAGCAUCAAGAUGCCCAAAGUGGAACUCAAGGGCCCCCAGGUUGAUGUGAAGGGCCCCAAGGCGGAAGCGAAGGGCCCCAAGGGUGAGCUGAGCGGCCCCGAGCUGGAGGUGGCGCUGCCUAUUGUGGACGUGGACGUCCAGGCCCCUGGCCACAAGCUGGAGGGUGAGGUGUCCACGAAGGACAGCAAGUUGAAAAUGCCCAAGUUCAAGAUGCCCUCCUUUGGUGUGUCGGCAUCCGGCAAGGCCAUCGAGGCCUCGUUGGAGGCAUCAACACGGAAGCUGGAGGCCGAGGUGGCCCUGCCCGCCAUUCAAGGUGACCUGAAGAGCCCUGAGCCCGGCGCUCAGCAGCCCCCCAGCGGUGUGGAUUUCCCGGCCGUGCAGGCAGCCGCGAAGCUGCCCGAGGGUGAGCUGCCCUCUGCGAGCACGGGUGCCAGCCUGAAAGGCCACCUUCCCAAGAUGCCCAGCCUCAAGAUGCCCAAAGUGGAACUCAAGGGCCCCCAGGUUGAGGUGAAGGACCCCAAGGCGGAAGUGAAGGUCCCCAAGGGCGAGCUGAGCGGUCCUGAGCUGGAGGCAGCCGUGCCCAGCGGGGAGGUGGACAUCCAGGCCACCGGCGGCAAGCUGGAGGGGGAGGUGGCCACCAAGGACGGCAAGUUCAAGAUGCCCAAGUUCAAGAUGCCCUCCUUUGGGGUUUCGGCACCCGGCAAGUCCAUCGAGGCCUCGCUGGAGGUGUCCGCGUCCAAGCUAGAGGCUGAGGUGGCCCUCCCGGCCAUCCAAGGUGACCUGAAGAGGCCUGAGGCACACGCUCAGCUGCCCACCACUGACGUGGAACUGCCGGCCGGUCAGCUGGCUGUGAAGGUGCCCAAGGGCGAUCUGGCCGAGGAGGAGAUGCCCGCAGCACUCGGGGGUGCCAGCCUGAAAGGCCACCUGCCCAAGGUGCAGAUGCCCAGCCUCAAGAUGCCUAGCGUGGAACUCAAGGGCCCCCAUGUGGACGUUAAAGGCCCCAAGGUGGACGUGAAGGUCCCUAAGACGGAGGUGAAGGGGCCCACGGGUGAGCCGAGCGGCCCCGAGCUGGAGGCGGCACUGCCCAGCAUGGAGGUGGACGUCCAGGCCCCAAGUGGCCAGCUUGAAGUUGAGGUGGCCGCCAAGGACAGCAAGUUCAAGAUGCCCAAGUUCAAGAUGCCCUCCUUUGGCAUGUCGGGACCCGGCAAGUCAAUCGAGGCCUCGCUGGAAGUGUCCACACCGAAGGUGGAGGCCGAGGUGGCCCUGCCCACCAUUCAAGGUGACCUGAAGAGCCCUGAGGCCGGCACACAGCAGCCCUCCACCGACGUGGAAAUGCCAGCCGGCCAGGUGGCUGUGAAGGUGCCAGAGGUGGAGGUGCCCGCCGCAAGCACGGGUGCCAGCCUGAAAGGCCACCUGCCCAAGGUGCAGAUGCCCAGCAUCAAGAUGCCCAAAGUGGAACUCAAGGGCCCCCAGGUUGAUGUGAAGGGCCCCAAGGCGGAAGCGAAGGGCCCCAAGGGUGAGCUGAGCGGCCCCGAGCUGGAGGUGGCGCUGCCUAUUGUGGACGUGGACGUCCAGGCCCCUGGCCACAAGCUGGAGGGUGAGGUGUCCACGAAGGACAGCAAGUUGAAAAUGCCCAAGUUCAAGAUGCCCUCCUUUGGUGUGUCGGCAUCCGGCAAGGCCAUCGAGGCCUCGUUGGAGGCAUCAACACGGAAGCUGGAGGCUGAGGUGGCCCUGCCCGCCAUUCAAGGUGACCUGAAGAGCCCUGAGCCCGGCGCUCAGCAGCCCCCCAGCGGUGUGGAUUUCCCGGCCGUGCAGGCAGCCGCGAAGCUGCCCGAGGGUGAGCUGCCCUCUGCGAGCACGGGUGCCAGCCUGAAAGGCCACCUUCCCAAGAUGCCCAGCCUCAAGAUGCCCAAAGUGGAACUCAAGGGCCCCCAGGUUGAGGUGAAGGACCCCAAGGCGGAAGUGAAGGUCCCCAAGGGCGAGCUGAGCGGUCCUGAGCUGGAGGCAGCCGUGCCCAGCGGGGAGGUGGACAUCCAGGCCACCGGCGGCAAGCUGGAGGGGGAGGUGGCCACCAAGGACGGCAAGUUCAAGAUGCCCAAGUUCAAGAUGCCCUCCUUUGGGGUUUCGGCACCCGGCAAGUCCAUCGAGGCCUCGCUGGAGGUGUCCGCGUCCAAGCUAGAGGCUGAGGUGGCCCUCCCGGCCAUCCAAGGUGACCUGAAGAGGCCUGAGGCACACGCUCAGCUGCCCACCACUGACGUGGAACUGCCGGCCGGUCAGCUGGCUGUGAAGGUGCCCGAGGGCGAUCUGGCCGAGGAGGAGAUGCCCGCAGCACUCGGGGGUGCCAGCCUGAAAGGCCACCUGCCCAAGGUGCAGAUGCCCAGCCUCAAGAUGCCUAGCGUGGAACUCAAGGGCCCCCAUGUGGACGUUAAAGGCCCCAAGGUGGACGUGAAGGUCCCUAAGACGGAGGUGAAGGGGCCCACGGGUGAGCCGAGCGGCCCCGAGCUGGAGGCGGCACUGCCCAGCAUGGAGGUGGACGUCCAGGCCCCAAGUGGCCAUCUUGAAGUUGAGGUGGCCGCCAAGGACAGCAAGUUCAAGAUGCCCAAGUUCAAGAUGCCCUCCUUUGGCAUGUCGGGACCCGGCAAGUCAAUCGAGGCCUCGCUGGAAGUGUCCACACCGAAGGUGGAGGCCGAGGUGGCCCUGCCCACCAUUCAAGGUGACCUGAAGAGCCCUGAGGCCGGCACACAGCAGCCCUCCACCGACGUGGAAAUGCCAGCCGGCCAGGUGGCUGUGAAGGUGCCAGAGGUGGAGGUGCCCGCCGCGAGCACGGGUGCCAGCCUGAAAGGCCACCUGCCCAAGGUGCAGAUGCCCAGCAUCAAGAUGCCCAAAGUGGAACUCAAGGGCCCCCAGGUUGAUGUGAAGGGCCCCAAGGCGGAAGCGAAGGGCCCCAAGGGUGAGCUGAGCGGCCCCGAGCUGGAGGUGGCGCUGCCUAUUGUGGACGUGGACGUCCAGGCCCCUGGCCACAAGCUGGAGGGUGAGGUGUCCACGAAGGACAGCAAGUUGAAAAUGCCCAAGUUCAAGAUGCCCUCCUUUGGUGUGUCGGCAUCCGGCAAGGCCAUCGAGGCCUCGUUGGAGGCAUCAACACGGAAGCUGGAGGCCGAGGUGGCCCUGCCCGCCAUUCAAGGUGACCUGAAGAGCCCUGAGCCCGGCGCUCAGCAGCCCCCCAGCGGUGUGGAUUUCCCGGCCGUGCAGGCAGCCGCGAAGCUGCCCGAGGGUGAGCUGCCCUCUGCGAGCACGGGUGCCAGCCUGAAAGGCCACCUUCCCAAGAUGCCCAGCCUCAAGAUGCCCAAAGUGGAACUCAAGGGCCCCCAGGUUGAGGUGAAGGACCCCAAGGCGGAAGUGAAGGUCCCCAAGGGCGAGCUGAGCGGUCCUGAGCUGGAGGCAGCCGUGCCCAGCGGGGAGGUGGACAUCCAGGCCACCGGCGGCAAGCUGGAGGGGGAGGUGGCCACCAAGGACGGCAAGUUCAAGAUGCCCAAGUUCAAGAUGCCCUCCUUUGGGGUUUCGGCACCCGGCAAGUCCAUCGAGGCCUCGCUGGAGGUGUCCGCGUCCAAGCUAGAGGCUGAGGUGGCCCUCCCGGCCAUCCAAGGUGACCUGAAGAGGCCUGAGGCACACGCUCAGCUGCCCACCACUGACGUGGAACUGCCGGCCGGUCAGCUGGCUGUGAAGGUGCCCAAGGGCGAUCUGGCCGAGGAGGAGAUGCCCGCAGCACUCGGGGGUGCCAGCCUGAAAGGCCACCUGCCCAAGGUGCAGAUGCCCAGCCUCAAGAUGCCUAGCGUGGAACUCAAGGGCCCCCAUGUGGACGUUAAAGGCCCCAAGGUGGACGUGAAGGUCCCUAAGACGGAGGUGAAGGGGCCCACGGGUGAGCCGAGCGGCCCCGAGCUGGAGGCGGCACUGCCCAGCAUGGAGGUGGACGUCCAGGCCCCAAGUGGCCAGCUUGAAGUUGAGGUGGCCGCCAAGGACAGCAAGUUCAAGAUGCCCAAGUUCAAGAUGCCCUCCUUUGGCAUGUCGGGACCCGGCAAGUCAAUCGAGGCCUCGCUGGAAGUGUCCACACCGAAGGUGGAGGCCGAGGUGGCCCUGCCCACCAUUCAAGGUGACCUGAAGAGCCCUGAGGCCGGCACACAGCAGCCCUCCACCGACGUGGAAAUGCCAGCCGGCCAGGUGGCUGUGAAGGUGCCAGAGGUGGAGGUGCCCGCCGCAAGCACGGGUGCCAGCCUGAAAGGCCACCUGCCCAAGGUGCAGAUGCCCAGCAUCAAGAUGCCCAAAGUGGAACUCAAGGGCCCCCAGGUUGAUGUGAAGGGCCCCAAGGCGGAAGCGAAGGGCCCCAAGGGUGAGCUGAGCGGCCCCGAGCUGGAGGUGGCGCUGCCUAUUGUGGACGUGGACGUCCAGGCCCCUGGCCACAAGCUGGAGGGUGAGGUGUCCACGAAGGACAGCAAGUUGAAAAUGCCCAAGUUCAAGAUGCCCUCCUUUGGUGUGUCGGCAUCCGGCAAGGCCAUCGAGGCCUCGUUGGAGGCAUCAACACGGAAGCUGGAGGCUGAGGUGGCCCUGCCCGCCAUUCAAGGUGACCUGAAGAGCCCUGAGCCCGGCGCUCAGCAGCCCCCCAGCGGUGUGGAUUUCCCGGCCGUGCAGGCAGCCGCGAAGCUGCCCGAGGGUGAGCUGCCCUCUGCGAGCACGGGUGCCAGCCUGAAAGGCCACCUUCCCAAGAUGCCCAGCCUCAAGAUGCCCAAAGUGGAACUCAAGGGCCCCCAGGUUGAGGUGAAGGACCCCAAGGCGGAAGUGAAGGUCCCCAAGGGCGAGCUGAGCGGUCCUGAGCUGGAGGCAGCCGUGCCCAGCGGGGAGGUGGACAUCCAGGCCACCGGCGGCAAGCUGGAGGGGGAGGUGGCCACCAAGGACGGCAAGUUCAAGAUGCCCAAGUUCAAGAUGCCCUCCUUUGGGGUUUCGGCACCCGGCAAGUCCAUCGAGGCCUCGCUGGAGGUGUCCGCGUCCAAGCUAGAGGCUGAGGUGGCCCUCCCGGCCAUCCAAGGUGACCUGAAGAGGCCUGAGGCACACGCUCAGCUGCCCACCACUGACGUGGAACUGCCGGCCGGUCAGCUGGCUGUGAAGGUGCCCGAGGGCGAUCUGGCCGAGGAGGAGAUGCCCGCAGCACUCGGGGGUGCCAGCCUGAAAGGCCACCUGCCCAAGGUGCAGAUGCCCAGCCUCAAGAUGCCUAGCGUGGAACUCAAGGGCCCCCAUGUGGACGUUAAAGGCCCCAAGGUGGACGUGAAGGUCCCUAAGACGGAGGUGAAGGGGCCCACGGGUGAGCCGAGCGGCCCCGAGCUGGAGGCGGCACUGCCCAGCAUGGAGGUGGACGUCCAGGCCCCAAGUGGCCAUCUUGAAGUUGAGGUGGCCGCCAAGGACAGCAAGUUCAAGAUGCCCAAGUUCAAGAUGCCCUCCUUUGGCAUGUCGGGACCCGGCAAGUCAAUCGAGGCCUCGCUGGAAGUGUCCACACCGAAGGUGGAGGCCGAGGUGGCCCUGCCCACCAUUCAAGCUGACCUGAAGAGCCCUGAGGCCGGCACACAGCAGCCCUCCACCGACGUGGAAAUGCCAGCCGGCCAGGUGGCUGUGAAGGUGCCAGAGGUGGAGGUGCCCGCCGCAAGCACGGGUGCCAGCCUGAAAGGCCACCUGCCCAAGGUGCAGAUGCCCAGCAUCAAGAUGCCCAAAGUGGAACUCAAGGGCCCCCAGGUUGAUGUGAAGGGCCCCAAGGCGGAAGCGAAGGGCCCCAAGGGUGAGCUGAGCGGCCCCGAGCUGGAGGUGGCGCUGCCUAUUGUGGACGUGGACGUCCAGGCCCCUGGCCACAAGCUGGAGGGUGAGGUGUCCACGAAGGACAGCAAGUUGAAAAUGCCCAAGUUCAAGAUGCCCUCCUUUGGUGUGUCGGCAUCCGGCAAGGCCAUCGAGGCCUCGUUGGAGGCAUCAACACGGAAGCUGGAGGCUGAGGUGGCCCUGCCCGCCAUUCAAGGUGACCUGAAGAGCCCUGAGCCCGGCGCUCAGCAGCCCCCCAGCGGUGUGGAUUUCCCGGCCGUGCAGGCAGCCGCGAAGCUGCCCGAGGGUGAGCUGCCCUCUGCGAGCACGGGUGCCAGCCUGAAAGGCCACCUUCCCAAGGUGCAGAUGCCCAGCCUCAAGAUGCCCAAAGUGGAACUCAAGGGCCCCCAGGUUGAGGUGAAGGACCCCAAGGCGGAAGUGAAGGUCCCCAAGGGCGAGCUGAGCAGUCCUGAGCUGGAGGCAGCCGUGCCCAGCGGGGAGGUGGACAUCCAGGCCACCGGCGGCAAGCUGGAGGGGGAGGUGGCCACCAAGGACGGCAAGUUCAAGAUGCCCAAGUUCAAGAUGCCCUCCUUUGGGGUUUCGGCACCCGGCAAGUCCAUCGAGGCCUCGCUGGAGGUGUCCGCGUCCAAGCUAGAGGCUGAGGUGGCCCUCCCGGCCAUCCAAGGUGACCUGAAGAGGCCUGAGGCACACGCUCAGCUGCCCACCACUGACGUGGAACUGCCGGCCGGUCAGCUGGCUGUGAAGGUGCCCGAGGGCGAUCUGGCCGAGGAGGAGAUGCCCGCAGCACUCGGGGGUGCCAGCCUGAAAGGCCACCUGCCCAAGGUGCAGAUGCCCAGCCUCAAGAUGCCUAGCGUGGAACUCAAGGGCCCCCAUGUGGACGUUAAAGGCCCCAAGGUGGACGUGAAGGUCCCUAAGACGGAGGUGAAGGGGCCCACGGGUGAGCCGAGCGGCCCCGAGCUGGAGGCGGCACUGCCCAGCAUGGAGGUGGACGUCCAGGCCCCAAGUGGCCAGCUUGAAGUUGAGGUGGCCGCCAAGGACAGCAAGUUCAAGAUGCCCAAGUUCAAGAUGCCCUCCUUUGGCAUGUCGGGACCCGGCAAGUCAAUCGAGGCCUCGCUGGAAGUGUCCACACCGAAGGUGGAGGCCGAGGUGGCCCUGCCCACCAUUCAAGCUGACCUGAAGAGCCCUGAGGCCGGCACACAGCAGCCCUCCACCGACGUGGAAAUGCCAGCCGGCCAGGUGGCUGUGAAGGUGCCAGAGGUGGAGGUGCCCGCCGCAAGCACGGGUGCCAGCCUGAAAGGCCACCUGCCCAAGGUGCAGAUGCCCAGCAUCAAGAUGCCCAAAGUGGAACUCAAGGGCCCCCAGGUUGAUGUGAAGGGCCCCAAGGCGGAAGCGAAGGGCCCCAAGGGUGAGCUGAGCGGCCCCGAGCUGGAGGUGGCGCUGCCUAUUGUGGACGUGGACGUCCAGGCCCCUGGCCACAAGCUGGAGGGUGAGGUGUCCACGAAGGACAGCAAGUUGAAAAUGCCCAAGUUCAAGAUGCCCUCCUUUGGUGUGUCGGCAUCCGGCAAGGCCAUCGAGGCCUCGUUGGAGGCAUCAACACGGAAGCUGGAGGCCGAGGUGGCCCUGCCCGCCAUUCAAGGUGACCUGAAGAGCCCUGAGCCCGGCGCUCAGCAGCCCCCCAGCGGUGUGGAUUUCCCGGCCGUGCAGGCAGCCGCGAAGCUGCCCGAGGGUGAGCUGCCCUCUGCGAGCACGGGUGCCAGCCUGAAAGGCCACCUUCCCAAGAUGCCCAGCCUCAAGAUGCCCAAAGUGGAACUCAAGGGCCCCCAGGUUGAGGUGAAGGACCCCAAGGCGGAAGUGAAGGUCCCCAAGGGCGAGCUGAGCGGUCCUGAGCUGGAGGCAGCCGUGCCCAGCGGGGAGGUGGACAUCCAGGCCACCGGCGGCAAGCUGGAGGGGGAGGUGGCCACCAAGGACGGCAAGUUCAAGAUGCCCAAGUUCAAGAUGCCCUCCUUUGGGGUUUCGGCACCCGGCAAGUCCAUCGAGGCCUCGCUGGAGGUGUCCGCGUCCAAGCUAGAGGCUGAGGUGGCCCUCCCGGCCAUCCAAGGUGACCUGAAGAGGCCUGAGGCACACGCUCAGCUGCCCACCACUGACGUGGAACUGCCGGCCGGUCAGCUGGCUGUGAAGGUGCCCGAGGGCGAUCUGGCCGAGGAGGAGAUGCCCGCAGCACUCGGGGGUGCCAGCCUGAAAGGCCACCUGCCCAAGGUGCAGAUGCCCAGCCUCAAGAUGCCUAGCGUGGAACUCAAGGGCCCCCAUGUGGACGUUAAAGGCCCCAAGGUGGACGUGAAGGUCCCUAAGACGGAGGUGAAGGGGCCCACGGGUGAGCCGAGCGGCCCCGAGCUGGAGGCGGCACUGCCCAGCAUGGAGGUGGACGUCCAGGCCCCAAGUGGCCAUCUUGAAGUUGAGGUGGCCGCCAAGGACAGCAAGUUCAAGAUGCCCAAGUUCAAGAUGCCCUCCUUUGGCAUGUCGGGACCCGGCAAGUCAAUCGAGGCCUCGCUGGAAGUGUCCACACCGAAGGUGGAGGCCGAGGUGGCCCUGCCCACCAUUCAAGCUGACCUGAAGAGCCCUGAGGCCGGCACACAGCAGCCCUCCACCGACGUGGAAAUGCCAGCCGGCCAGGUGGCUGUGAAGGUGCCAGAGGUGGAGGUGCCCGCCGCAAGCACGGGUGCCAGCCUGAAAGGCCACCUGCCCAAGGUGCAGAUGCCCAGCAUCAAGAUGCCCAAAGUGGAACUCAAGGGCCCCCAGGUUGAUGUGAAGGGCCCCAAGGCGGAAGCGAAGGGCCCCAAGGGUGAGCUGAGCGGCCCCGAGCUGGAGGUGGCGCUGCCUAUUGUGGACGUGGACGUCCAGGCCCCUGGCCACAAGCUGGAGGGUGAGGUGUCCACGAAGGACAGCAAGUUGAAAAUGCCCAAGUUCAAGAUGCCCUCCUUUGGCAUGUCGGGACCUGGCAAGUCAAUCGAGGCCUCGCUGGAAUUGUCCACACCGAAGUUGGAAGCCGAGGUGGCCCUGUCCACCAUUCAAGGUGACCUGAAGAGCCCUGAGACUGGCGCUCAGCUUCCCUCUGCUGAUGUUGACCUGCAUUCUGGCCAGUCGGCCGUGAAGCUGCCUGAAGCCGCCCUCCCGGUGUCAGAGCUGCUCCCUUCUGAUGGUGGCACUGAGAAUGCUGUCUUCUCUGGUGGUGUUACAGGAUCCUCUGUUGUUCUUCCUUUGAUGAGUGAGACUCUCACCCAGUUCCAUGGUCCUGCGCUUUCUCCUCCACAACAUGGUGCUCCACAACAUGGUGCUUCCGAAUCCUUAUCUGUGGCUCCCUAUGUGGCGCUGUGGUCCUCUGGGUUUCCCCAGUCUGAGGAGCCUCCUCCAGCCCACCCCAGUGGCCACCCAACCCCUCCUCUGUCCCCUCCCACUGUGACUUUCCCUAAAUUCCACAAACCACGCUUCAUGGUUUCUGUCCCGCUCACAGUGGUUCCUGAGGGAGACUCUGGCAUUGCUGUCCAGGGUGCAGUCCUGCCCCAUGGCCAGGCCCCAGGGCAGGAUGCCUUGGCUCCUGAAGUGCAUGUGUCCCACCUGACAGGCUUCCCAGUGGCACCUGGGGCUGCACCUAUGUCCGAGAUCAUAGAGCAGCCUCUGAGCCUGUCUGUAGGAGCUGCCGUUGCAGAAGGUCCUGAGGGGGAGUGGGCUGGGAGUCCCUCCAAACGCAAUCGCUUUAAGUUGCCGUUGUUCAGCCGGUCACCUAAGAAGGAGGCCAAGUCAGCAGGGGACAGCUUGUGCCACCUGGAGGACCCCUCAGGUAGCCUAACUGUGGAUCUGGAUCAUGAAGACUCCCAACCUGGGGUUCAGGGCUCCCACAUGGAGGCACACAUAGCCCUGCCUCCAGGGAAGGAAGGAGACUCAGAGAGAACCAGAAAGGUUGGCUUCAGCCUCCCAAGGCUGGCCCUUCCCAAACUAAAGGUGUCCAAGGGUCGCGCUGGCCCAAGGCCCCAGGGCGACAUAGAUACUGUGCUUUCUAGCAGCACAGCUGCAGGUGACUGUGAAGCCACAGGAAGGGGUGGACGCAAGGAUGGUAUGGGCAGCACCAGCCUUCCUGAAAGACCCCACGAAGCAGGGCAUGUGGCCCCCCAGCUGCCACAGACCCCCAUGCCCAGUGUGGGUUUUGCCAAACCCGCUUUCCAGUCUGCUCCAGCCAAGGAAGGGGCACGCUGGUGUGAGCCUGAUCCCAGGCAAGACCCGGGAGUGGGAGAGGACAGCAAAGGGUCUGGGCUCGGCGACAUCUUGGGGAGGCAGCCUCCCAGGGAGGGGACAGCCCCCACCCCCAAAGACACCCUGAAGCCAUCCCCAGGAUAUGCAGACCGAGGCCCUGCCCUGGACAGCCCAGAGGAGGCCCCCACCACAGUGGUACCAGCAGCCGAUUCGAAAGAACAUUGGUCCAGAAUGCCCAGGCUCCACGUGCCUGGCUUCGGGGGGUCUCUAUCCAAGCAGUGCAGUGGGGCCAGGGAGCAAAAUGUGGCUCAGGUGCACAUGCUGGCAGCUACUGCACCAGCAGAGAUGGCAGCAGCCAGCAGUGUCCUGGAGUCCUCUGCUCCACGGUCAGAGGUGGAGGCCAGUGUGUCCCUGCAGCCCUCAAACACGAAGGCCGUGGUAACAGGUUCUGGAAGUGCAUCCCACCCAGAUGUUCUGAGGCUUGAUCUCCAUGCCCCCACUGUGGGGAAGCCUGGAGUGGACCAGCCCCACUCUGAGGUCCAGAUUCGCCCAGCAGAAGGCUCCCUGCCUCUGCAGAAGCCCAGCUCGUGGCCUCCAGAGCCCCAGACCCCUGCAGCAGAGAGGUGUGACCUCACCAAGGAAGAUGAGAGGGUGGAGUUGCGGCCCUCCCUGCCAGAAGGGCCUGUGAUGCUGAGGGUGUCCAGCACUGAUGUGCCAUCCCAGGUCUCCGUGGUAGACAUGCGGCAGCUCUGGGAAGACUCUGUGCUCACUGUCACGUUCCCCAAGCUCAGAGCACCCAGGUUCUCCUUCCCGGCCCCUGGUUCAGAGGCAGAUGUCUUCUUUCCUGUGGUGAGGGAUGUGCGGGGAGCAGGGCCAGGUGUGGACCCAGGGCCUGGGCUCUGGGAUGCCAGUCUCCUGAGUGCAGGGCCCGACUGCCUCUCGAAAGCCUCCCCAGUGUCCAAGGUGAAGGUGCACAUCCAGGCGGAGCAGGGUGCGAGUCACCAAGUUGUGGUGUGCAGCCAGGUGACUCGAGAGCAUGCCGAGCGCGUGGUCCCCGAGGCCUUUUCCUCCCAGAUCGUGCGGGAAUCGGAAAUCCCCACGUCCACGGUCCAGACACCUUCUUACGGAUUUUCUUUGCUGAAGGUGAAGACCCUAGGGCCUCCUGCUCAGGCUCCAGAUCCCAGGGGACAGGAGAGCUCUGCUGCCACCAGAGCAGACUCCCUCUCUGAGGAUGGUGCCCCUGAAGCUGCAGAGCCAUUUGAGGUGAUCUCGGCCAGUGCCAGCCUUCCUGGGCCGCGGACGCUUGGGUCUGACAUUCCUGCCAGGCCCCCACCUGCAGACAGCGGCUCUGAAGAUGACGAAGAGCCUGCAGAAAUCCUUGAGUUUCUUCCUGAGGACAGCGGAGAGGCCGCAGCACCACCGGCAGCUGAAAACAGAGUUCUGAAAGGAAGGCCAGAGGGAAAAAAGCCUUCGGGUGUGUUCUGGUCCUGGCUUCCAAGUAUUGGGUUCUCCUCCUCUGUCAGUGAGACCACUGCCGACUCCAGAGAAGAUGCCCAAAGAUCUGUUCCUGUCCAGACCCAGCCGGCGCCUCGGCCAGACUUGGAACUGCCUAAGAAACAGGAGAGGGUGGGCUGGUUUCGGUUGCCCAAAUUAGGGUUCUCAUCAUCACCUGCCAAGAACGCGAAAAGCAUAGAGGAUGAGGCGGGUCUGGCUGAGCGCACACUCCAGGAAGAAAGUGUCACCUUCUUUGAUGCCCAGGAAAGCUUCUCCCCUGAGGAGAAGGAGGGUGAGCCAGCUGGGAGCACACCAGGUGCCAUAGGCAUGGUGGCGUCCUUGGCGAGAACGGAGUUGAUCUUGCUGGAGCCACAGGCUCCCACCAGUGAGGAAUCUGUACCCGGGCCCACGAGCAAAUGAAAGCUGGACAGGUGCAAUGCUAAACAGCACCUGGGCACCUGCAAGGAGCUCCUUGUCCUGGCCCCACACAACACCCUGAUUCACAGAGCUGGAUGAAGCAGUGGCCAGCAGCCCCUCACAUUGUCCUAGACAGAACCUAAAUGCUGGGCUUUGGAGGCACCCAGACUACUCCCUGGUGCACACCUUGGUGUCCACAUGUUCUGCUGCUCAAGUGGGCUCACCCUAGAACCCAAAACCAGAACCCAGCUGUGUACACGCUAUACCAGCCCAGGUGGAGCUGGCUCAGCAGCCCCCUGAUGACAAUAAAGGAAAAGUUGUAUCCUU